AUGGAGCGCGAGGCUCACCCUCGAGCUAACGACUCUACACGAUCGGUGACGCACCCGGCGAGCAGCAGCUGCAGUACGAGCUCGCUGGGUUCCUCAGAGCGCUCUGCUGAGGCUAGGUUGCUUCAGGAAACUGUGCGAGCUCGUUUGCAAGGCAAGAAGCACACGGUGCUCGCGAAUGAACCGCUCACAACGUCUACCACGGGUAUCUACGAGAAACUUGCAGUGAAGGCGAGCUCUGGCGCUUUGCUGCGACAGGCCGCAGGUUGGCAACUGUACCUGUCAUCUAGGUUUCGUAAACAGCUCAUGGUAUCGCGCCAUCUGUUGAUGAGCAUCGGCAGCCUAAGCCUGCAACUCAUCAAGCUGGUUGCAAAGCAGCUCGGAGCGCUCUGGCGACAUCGCUAUAUGCGGGCAGUGCGAUGGCGCGUGUACCGCAGCUUUUGCGACAUCGCACAGCUACUGCUCAGGCAACUGAAACGACUCGGUAUUUUCUUGCGUCAAGUGAUUGUGCGUGCACUAGGUCCAGAGCUUACGCAAGCAUUCACGCAGCUGUUUACGAGCAUCUUUGGGUUGGUGGCGGCGCUGGUUCUUCUUGCGAGAUGUCUCGUGCAACAAUGGAUAUAUCCCGCUUUGCAUCACUGUAUGCUGUUCCUGCAACGAUGCUAUCGAUAUUGGCAAAAGCGCUCGACUGAGCGAAACGAUGUCCGUGAGCAUACGACAUCCGUGCCACGUGCCUCCGUCCGCUGCGCUACCUGGUCUCCAGGCAAAGAGACAACGCCGAUCAACCGCAUGGUGGUGGAGCACUAUAAGCUCGUAGAGGCGUCCAGCUGUCACUGGCCUGAAUACAACGAUGACGACAGCGGCGACACCGGUGGUGGUGGUGGUGGUGGUGGUGGUGGUGGUGGUGGUCUUCGGACGUUGCACGCGACCGUACCGUCAGACUCUCGGCCGCGUGCAUCGGCACCUAGCUGGUCUGCCGUCGCAGAUCAGGUGCAAGGAGGAACAACAACAUCAGCCGAAGCCUCGCUUCGACCGCAUUCGUUGCCGCGUCGCUUCAAACGCCGCAAAGAACGCGCGAUCUUGCAACUUAUUGACCUUGAUGAUACUUCCCUGUAA